AUCAGGACGAACCUCUCAUUUAAUUAACGGAGCACGGAGAAGCCAGGAAUGCCAGCGAAACGGUGCAGAGAGAAGGGAUGCAAUAGCAUACACGCUAUGAGAUGAACAUACGAAAAAAGGGUUCAAAUGGCCGAUUUUAAAGUCCUUUUCUGCGGUCAAGACAUUGUUCAGACUGACCACAGGGACAUCGACUGGUCCCUUAAAGAUCAGCAAAGCCAUCACUCAAUCUGCACGGAUGAAAGAGCUCUUUCCAAUGAAGAGUGCUGCCAGGCGUGUCUGGAGGAGAAUGUUAAUGAAGAGAAGGGCGUUUCAGAACCAUGGACAGCGACUCUGGCAAUUGGACGACACUGGAAAUUGAAUGAAUGGGGAUAUGAUGAAAAGGUUGAGAUAUGUUAUGAUGAGGAGUUUGAAACAGAAUUUCAUGGUGUGCCUGACGUUUCUGACCAAAAGGACAGUCAGAUGUUAGCAGACGAGACCAACUACGACAACUUCAGUUGGAGUUCGUCUAGAGAUCUCCAAGAUGUCCCAGAGUGUUCCUUGCUGUCGGUUGACGAUUUCAUGGUGGAAUCAUCUGAAAAGUCAGUGGAUUAUGGAUUUAUAGGUGCUGUUACUUUUUUAGUUACUGGGAUAUCCUUGGUUGUGAUCUCCUACACAGUCCCACGUGAUGUCAAAGUGAAUCCUGACACUGUAUCUGCUCGAGAGAUGGAACGCUUGGAGCGAGAGAACGCCCGGGUGGGUGCUCACCUGGACAGGUGUGUGAUUGCAGGGUUGUGCCUCCUUACGCUUGGAGGUGUGGUGCUAUCAACCUUGCUCAUGAUUUCCAUGUAUAAAGGAGAGAUGUUUAGGAGACAAGCUUUUGCUUACUCCAAACACCAAGCCAGACUUUACGGCUCUGUCAAUUUUAGGGGUGGCGGAAGCCCGACUGGUGCCCCUUCACUUUUGUCCCUUGAUGAAGAUGAAGGUCCUGUUGAAAAAGAUGAAAUUUGAACUAGCAAUGCUGAAUUGCUCUUUUGCAAGCUGCGAUGUGGGCAUGUUAUCAUUUCUCAUUUGCCAAGCUCAACU